AUGGGUUGUGGACCGUCGGCAGCCACUCAGAUUACUAAUUCUACAACUUCUCAAAUCAAAACCAAUAGCCAGUCGAAAGAAAUACUAAGUUCUUUAUCGCAAAAAGAUGUAAUCCAACGAAGAACAAGUGCAACAUCUCAAACUAAUAAACAGACUCGAACACCUUCUUCCACAUCUCAGAAUAGUGAAGCAAAGCGAAUAACAUCUCAGACUGGUAGACAAACUCGAACACCUUCUGCCACAUCCCAGAAUGGUCCAGCAAAAAGAACUACAAGUGCUUCAUCAAAAGCAAGCUCAACAAUCUUAAAAUUAUCUACUGGAGGAAAAAAGUCUGCCAAUCCUUCAAUACAUUCCCAGUAUGAUAUCAAUCAAAAUUUGGUUAUUAUUUGGGUAGAUCCUCAUAUAGAUGAUCUUGGAAAACUGUAUCAAGACUCAAUCACUAAACUAAACCGCAUUACCAAUUUGAUUUAUACAUUCACUAAUUCUGAUCAAUGUACUGAUUGUAUUGAUACCAUCAAUGAGAAGACAGUCGUUCUUAUUGUUUCGGAUCUAGUUGGUGAACAACUUGUACUAAUUAUUUUCGGUAAACCACAACUUGAAUAUAUCUAUAUAUUUAAUCCACAAAAACAAUUACGAGCAAAUUGGGCUAAUAAAUGGGCACAAAAAGUGAAAGGAAUUUUUCAUGAUAUGGAACAGAUCUUUCAAGCAAUUAAAGCCGAUAGUGGUCAAAUAGGUAGUGUGCCUCCGAUUAGUAUCCUACCGAAGAACGAAAUAGAGAUUCAAGAUAGUGAGCCUAAUGAACUAGACAAAUCAUUUAUGUAUACGCAAUUACUUAAAGAAAUUCUAUUCGAUAUGAAAUAUGAUUAUUAA